GUUCAUCCCCAAACUGUUCCCACAAAGUUGGAAGCAUGAAAUUGUCCAAAAUGUCUUGGUAUGCUGAAGCAUUAAGAGUUCCUUUCACUGGAACUAAGGGACCAAGCACAACGCCUGAAUUCAAUGAUUUGGAGGGGUGUCCCAAAAUAUAGCCAAUAUAGUGUAUGUUGGUACGUUUAAGGAUUUUUCAUGUGCUAUUUUUAAGGGGAAAAAAUCUUUAAAUGUUUUAUUAAAUUAAGGGUGUCUGUUCUAAGUGCUAGUUAACGUGAAGCCGCUGCGUCGGCGUUUUUGUUAACCGGUUGCUUGGAUACCGGAGACGGGACCGUCCUGCCUGCGCGAGGACCUGUUUCUGUUUAAUGAAGCUAGCAGGUUGCUACUAACUCCGUUUCGCCUUAGUGACUAAAUUAGAUUUUAAAAUGUCGGACAACGAGGGAGAUCAAGGUCCGAAAAGUACGUUUUCCACCUACAUGGCCGAAGCGGACCAGCUGUUUCACAGAGGAGAAUAUAGCAAGGCUAUUGAAAGCUAUUCGACGGCUCUGCUGUUACAGCCGGGAGACAGGAACUGUUUGGUUGCCAGAUCGAGAUGUUUUGUGAAAAUGGGGGGAGCUGAGAAUGCGCUGAAGGACGCAGAAGCUUCUCUUAAAGAUGACAAAAGCUUCUUUAAGGGUUUGUAUCAAAAGGCAGAGGCUCUGUACACCAUGGGGGACUUUGAAUUUGCACUGGUCUUCUACCACCGAGGCAACAAACUACGACCAGAGCUGCAGGAGUUCAGACUUGGUAUACAGAAAGCUGAGGAAGCCAUCAACAACUCUGUGGGAAGUCCGUCAUCUGUAAAGCUGGAAAGUAAGGGUGAUCUGUCUUUCUUCCAUAAAGUAGAUGAGCGCAAAAAGACUCGAUCAAAGGCAUUUAUCCAUCCCCUGAAGAAGGACCUGAGUGAACAAAGCCAAAAGACACCUAAGAGAGAGAGAACAGCUAAACAGCUCCUGGGAGAGUUGUACACUGACAAAGAAUACCUGGAAAAGCUGCUCCGAGAUGAAGAUCUAAUUAAAGCUAAGACACGUACUGGUGAGAGGCUGCAGGACGUAAUCAUGAGCUGCAUCUCGUAUCUGGACACACGCACUGAGUUCUGGCGGCAGCAGAAACCUAUCUAUGCCCGCGAGCGCGAUCGAAAGCUCCUGCAGCAGCAGUGGAACCGCACACGCAACCGUCCUCCCUCUGACCCCACCUUCUACAUCCUCAAAAACCUGGAGGAGAUAGACACAGAACUGACUGCAGGUAACGCAGAGAAGAGUCUAAAGAAGGCCCGAGAGGUGCUAAAGAUGGUGCAAGGCUGUUCUGACAAAGCUCUUCCCAAUAAGGCAGAAGUGCUGGGAAACCUGUACAGCUGCAUUGGUAAUGCACUGAUGGAUCUGGGAAACAUGGACAAGGCCCUGGAGAACCAUCUGAAAGAUCUGGAGCUCGCCCAGCAAGGUAAAUUGAUGGACAGUAAAUCCAGGGCUCUGGACAACAUCGGUCGAGUGUAUGCACGGAUUGGCAAAUUUCAUCAAGCCAUAAAAGUCUGGGAGGAAAAGAUCCCUUUAGUACAAGGUGGGCUGGAGAAGGCUUGGCUGUUCCAUGAGAUUGGCCGCUGUUAUCUGGAACUGAAGCAGCACACCAAGGCCAGAGACUAUGGCAUCCACUCACUCAGUGCUGCGAAUGACAUUGGUGAUGAGAAAUGGCAGCUCAAUGCCAGUGUGUUAGUGGCACAGGCUGAGUUGAAACUGGGUAACUAUAAGUCCAGUGUGUUACACUUUGAGAAGGCACUGGACCAGGCUAAACUGCUGCAGGAUGACAAUGCCAGAGACGCCAUCCAGAAGGCUCUUCAAGACACAAGACAGCAAGAGGCCAUGUGAGAGCAGGCUGAUUCGGUUAGCAUUCCCCCUCUGAAGGAUGUUUCAAUGGCUAGGAAAACACAUUUAAACUAAUGAAUCAUAUUUACUGCUUGCACUCUUGAAUGCAUCCACUAGAAUAAAUAUUGCAUGGAGAUAUCAACAGAGUCCGUGUUUCAGCAGGAGGAUGUCGUACAUCAGUUCAUUUUCAAACACUCGUGGUCUGUUUUCAAAAGUAUAAAUAUUAAGGAACGUCUGAAAACAUCUACAGUAAAAACGUGACUAAUAAGGUAAGGUUCAACAAAUAGACUUAUUGCCCACAUUAUAUUAAAGCCUGCCUGAGAUUAUGACAGGACUUUUAAUUCAACAUUUCUGAUGUGAUUAAUGAGUGAUGUAAGCAAAUUUUAUUCUCGAGUGUUGCAAUAUCAAAACUUGUGAGGAAUGAUUGUGUAAGCUCAGAAUUUUAAGCAUCUGUCUAUUUGUGAGAGAGUUAUGCAACCACACAAGACGGUUUCAGCUUGUCUGUAUUCGUCCUGAAGAAGUACGUUAACUCCUGAGUCUACCUCUCUCACUAAACGUUAAGGGUAGUACACAACCCAGAAGAGUAAAAAAAACUGAACUCACUUCGCUGAACGAUAAUUCUUUGUCAGCCACCCCCUCACCCCCGUUCAUUUCUACAAUAAUGCCGUCACAGUCUCAUGUCCUCUUGCUUUACGGAUGUGAUGAAAAGAGGCAGCUGACAUUGUCGUCAUUGUCGUCAUUUAUUACAGAAAUAAAAAAA